AUGGCCUCAGACGGGCGAUGGGCGACAAGGUUUUGGGGGUUUGGACAACUCAAUGCAGAUGGAGUCGCUGAGGAUGAUGCCAGCACACGUAAAGUCUUGGUACUUCAAAUGGGACUGGAGGGGAGGAUGGUCGUCGAUGACUGGCAGAUUCCUCACGGUCUCACGCCCACACUCACGCUCAUGCUCAUGCUGACCGGUGCAGAGUGGGCAAGUGGGACUGAGACUGGGAGCAAGGAAGGUAAGGAAGAAGGAACGAAACGGCAGCAAAAGGAGGACCACCAAGCCUCUACUGCACGUCAUUGGGUGAAAAGCCGGGCAUGGGGUGGAUGGGCGAAUGGGGUCCCUGACGCAAGAAACGGCGAAUAG